CGGCGCAGGCCAAUGGGAGGCCGCGAUCGGGCUCAAUAUAAGUGACCGCGCGGUGGCGCGCAAGCAUUGAGUUGGAAGCCUUCGCAGCGAGAGGAAGAGUGUGUUGUGCCAGUCGAAAACGCCCAGUCCUGAUUCGUUGUUGUUUCCGCCUCUGAGUUGUGAAAGAUGCUGUCGCCACUAAUGCUUGAAGCCGCAGCCGUAGAAGAGCAGCCCCCACCCCCUGGCUUGCAGCGCCUUUGGGCUCGGAGGGGCACCCUAACUGCCCCACCCCCUCCUGAGGAGGAAUUGCUCGAGGACAUUUUCCCUCCAGCACAGGCUGAAGAUGAACUGCCAGUGAAGCCACGCUGUUGCAGCCCACAACCUGUUCAUGCUGCUCCUCAGUUGUGUGAAAUUUGUCAGGGAAAGGAUGCAUAUAUUGAAAAGAGUCAGUCGCUGUAUCUAGAUGGCGCAGUUCUGCGAGACAUUCCAGCUCGCUAUGUUAUACCUGCUCUCAAACCACAUGAGAUUCCAGCUGUGGGAGUAUGGGUAGAUCCUCGUAUAGUGCCAGGAUUCCGAUACAGAGUCCAUCCUCUGUCAUCCCAGAGCACUAGAAGGCAAAAGUAUCUGUUCGGUGGUAGAGCACUUGUGUUGGAAAGCAUUGGCCGAGGUUAUUCACGAAGAUUAACAUUCCAAGCUGAUGAAAAUAAUCUCAAUGAAAACUGUAAUUACUUCUGGGCUGAUUCAAACCCUGAGGGAUUUGCUUUCGAAAUAGAAGCAGUGUCUGCUGGAGACAAAUUCACCUUGCAUGAUGCCAACCAUCUUCCAAUUGCUUCACUUGAAGUUCUACAGUGUCAGAAACCACAAGAAGAAGUAAGACAUACUGUUCUUGAUGAUGGUGUGGUAGAGAAGACCAUUCGUGUACGUGCAUUGUGUAAGGCAGAAUGGUUCGAUGAUGGUCAAGCUCCACCAGUAGUGCCUGUGGAUGGUCUGGCAGUAGUAACCAGAUCACGAGGUGCAGCAGCUGCCAAUGUGGUUCGCCUUACUGAUGUGCGUGUUGGCAGUCACCACAAACGUGGUUUCACAUUGGAGCCAGGAGUGGACGAAAGACUGAGGUGCAUCACUGUACGCUGUGAUGACAUUCCUACUGCCUAUACUGUCACAGGACUUGAGGCUUAUGAACUCCCUGUAGUAGGUACAUACGUUGACCCACGUAUUGCACCUGGAUUCUGUUACCGUGUACGCCCAGCUGGCAGCAAGAGGCACUUGUUCGGUGGACGUGCCCUUCGCUUGCUUAAUAUAGGCAUGGGGUAUGGAAAGAGAAUAACAUUUGCACCUGAUCCUGACAACCUCAAUGAACCAGCAAACUAUUUCUGGAGUGAUUCUCAUCCAGAUGGUGUGGGUUUUGAGCCAAGAGCUGUGCACACGGGUAUGAGGUUUGCUGUUGUGGCAGAUGGACAGCGUGUGGGGGAGGCUUCUGUGUUCAGAGCUGAUGCGGCUCAGCAGGAGGAGAAGCAAGAGCUGGUAAAGCUCGGUAAUAAGACUGCACUUACAAAAUAUAUUCAUGUGGAUGUGACAUGUCAUGUGUCUUUGUCCUUGACUGAUGCACCAGAGCCCCACGUUAUGAGAGUAUCAGGGACUGCUAUUAUUAGACGUGAUCCUGGUCAGACUGAAGCCAAGCUAAUUAAAGUGGAAAAUGUUGGGCUGUCGUCACAACUCAACAUUCUCUUUGUGAUUCAAGAAACUCACCUGGAGUUUCAUCCAUUGUGAAGAUUACAUCCACAGUUAUCUAUUAUGGAUUGUUUUACAAUGCAGUAAAUUUUGAAUCAGUAUUCUGAAAUCACUAUGAAAUAAGUCUGCUUAAAUUUUUAAUUGCAACAUCUCAGAAUUAUUUAUCUUUUUGUAUUUAAUGCAUGUUAAAACUAGAGGACAUAUAAAUUUCUCUGUUGCUAAUGAUCUGAAAUGUAAUUGCCUAAAAUAUUUAUGUAUCCAAAUUAUAACCUGAAAGAUGAUGUGUGAGUGGUGUUUCUCAAUGUUGUUACUACAGGCAUAUCGUUUUAAGCCUAAUCAUUCCAUUUUGAAAUACAGCAAAAAUAUCAGUUAUAUUAUCAAUGAAAACUAUUGUAUUUUUCAGUGUUAGUAACAAGAGGAAGUACUGGCAUGAGAACUGGUUAAGAACUUUACGGCAGUUGAUUCCAAUUUUUGGUUGGAAUUUUCAGUAUAACCAGUUCUUUAUAAAUGUCUUGUUUUGAAAGUUAAAUAUUUGUACUGAAAACAGUGCAUGCUCAAUAUAUUAUUUAUUUUUCUGUGGCCUACACAUUUA